AUGAGCAAAUCUUCCACUGCAACUGCACCCAAGAUUCCGACCCAGCUCUCAUCAAAGUCAGCUUGGUCCAAGGGCCCGCCCCAGACGUCCUCAGCACCCUCACCACGUUCCCAGUCGCCCGCUCCCAAUCAAUCAGCCCCACAACCGACCCACUCUAGACGUCCCAGUGCGUUAGGUCAGGGCGUAUCGUUUAAGGAUGGCGUCGCGCGAACACCGUCGAGUGCUGCAAAAUCAGGCUCCUCGGUGACCUUUGGGUCAAUAGAUGACGUUUCCGCGCCCAUCUCGUCUUCUCCUGCGUCCGUCCCGCCCAUCAAGUCCGAGGGCGUAAAGUCCUUCGGCACUCUCCCAGCGACGCCUACCUCCGCGCCAGUCAACGGCAAGCUCCCUGCCCCUUCCUCAGCAUCUACGUCCUCAUCACAUCCGCCGCAUCCCAAGUUUGAUGUCAAAAAGCUCUUCCAGAUCCCGAGCAGCGCACCGCCGGUCUCGACGGCACCCUCCCAAUCCUCCGCCGCCGACAUCACCUCUCCGUCGAACCGACCAUCCGCGCUGCCUCAGCUCUCCCCUCAGCAGCCGCCGUCACUGGGCCCUCAUAUGUAUACCCCCUUCGUCCCCAGCGGCGGGCUCCGGCCACAGCAAAAUGGCGCACAGCCAACGUCUGGCGGACCGCCACGCUCGCCUGUGUACCCGCGGCAGAUGCCAAACGGGCAGAUGAAUGGCGUGAACGGCCGACCGAACGGGUCACCGGCCAACCCUGGUGGUGCAGGGCCGAUGCCUACGGGGAUGUCGAGCCCACGCAUGGGACCGCCCAUGGCGGGGCAGCCCACCGGCAUGCCUCAGCCGAUGCCGAUGCAGGGCUGGUACUAUUAUCAGUAUCCUCCGUUUACUGGCAUGCCUCCCGAGGCAUAUAUUCCGUACCCCCAAGCCUGGGCCAUGCCACAGCAGAUGAUGCCUCAGCCACAUCAGCCGCCGCAGAGCAUGCCUGGGCCACCGCCACAAACUGGCAUGCCGCUAUCGCCACGCAAUCCACCGCCUCCAUUGCAUCCUCCUGGAACUCCGACUCUCGCACCCGCGAUGGCGAACACCGGUCACCCGCCACAUGGAACGCCCUCCCCGCACACGCACACAUCCGCGCUCAGUAACGUCUCCUCGCCCCCACCCACCCCAUCUACGAGCACUUCGGGCAGUGGCCUGAACCGGCUGAACACGCAAGCAGCCGCAUUCAUGCCGCGCCAGAGUAAGAUCAGGAUCACGACCGCUGAUGGGGCACAAGUGAACCUUGAGAACCUGAAGCAGGGUGUGGCAACUCCGACGCAGGCUGCGCCGGCCUCGCCGGUGCCCCCACGGAAGCAGACACUGGUACGAUUAGAGGCGCCCGAGGCGAGGGAGAAGCGGUUAGCGGAGGAGAUGGAGAAGGAGCGGCUGAAGAAGGAGAAGGAGGAGAAGGCGAAGCUGGAGGAGAAGGCUAAGCUGGAGGAGAAGGCUAAGCUGGAGGAGGCGGAAAGGGCAAAGAAGGCAAAGGAGGAAGAGGAGGAGAAGGCGAGAAGAGCACGUGAAGAGGUGGAAAGAAAGAAGGCGGAGGAGGAGGAUCGGAUACGCAAGCAGAAGGAGGAAGAGGAGGCACGGCUGAAGGAGGAGGAGGAGAAACGGGUGCGGCAAGAGGAAGAGGAGAGGGAGAAGGAGAAGGAGCGUGCAAGGAAAGAGGAGGAGGAGCGAAUACUCAAGGAAGAGGAGGAGCGGGCGACACAGGAGGCUGAGGAGGCUAAGGCGAAGGCGGCUGAGGUCGUGGAGGAGGCAAAACCUGCUGUAGAGGAGCCUUCAAAAGCCGAGCCAGAGGAGGGCGAGCUCGAAGAGCACGUGCAGGAGCGGGAGCUGCCAAAGCCUACUGAGAAGCCGGAGUCUAUCGCGGAAGAGCCAGAGGAAGAGGCAAAGGAGAAGGUCCAGGACAAGGGUCCGCUUAGGAUCGACACUGCUGUCUCUAUUCCUGAGCCGAAGAAGCGACCUGGACCACUGGAUCUUUCUUCUGCGAAGAGUCAGCCUAUCACCCCGGGAUUGCCGUCCGCACUUGCGACGGCUCGCAUCAUUGAGGACAUUUCGAGCGUAUCGUACCCAGAAGGCAUCAAGAGCCCCAAGGUCGAGCUCAACCAGAAUGCGAAGCAAGGCAAGUUCAGGUACGAUCGAGAUUUCCUCAUGCAGUUCAUGGCUAUUUGCAAGGAGAAGCCUGAUUCUCUCCCGCCUUUGGAUGCUAUCGGCCUCGAGCCAUCCGACCAGUCGUUCCCAAUGAGCCGUGGAGGCUCACAACGUCGUCAAUCUUCUGCGGCUAUGGGCCCUCCGUCAUCAACCGCACGCACCGGUCUGGGCAUUUCGAACUUUAAAGCAGGCCCGAGCAUGUUCAACAUGGGCCAAUUCGCCGCGCCACCUGCGAAGAUGUCGAGUGACGAGCGCUUCGCAAUGUCGAACCCAAGCCGGACCGCGUCGAUGUCUAGUGGUCCGCAAGGUAUGCAGUUUGGCCGUCCUGCACCGAUGGUGCGCUCGUCGAGUCAGGGAGGUGCUGGUGCGAUGAGUAGUAAGCGCACGCGCAGCAAACGGGGUACGGACCGCGGCGAUGCGGGCAGGGGUGGGCCGUCUGGUUCUGCAUUCGGUUCAUACGGUAUGCAGCCUGGCGGACCACUUGAGCCUGUCGCACCCCUGGAAGUCUCCGCCAACCGAUGGCAGCCAGCCAGCAUUGUCAAGAAGCCUCAGCAGGUCGAUAUCGAUUCGCCAGAGGUUGUCGACCGGAAGGUCCGUGCGCUAUUGAACAAGCUCACGAUGGAGCGGUUCGAGUCGAUCUCAGACCAGAUCAUCGAAUGGGCGAACAAGUCGGAGAACGAGACGGAUGGGAAAACGCUCAUUCAGGUCAUCCGACUCGUGUUCGAGAAGGCGACGGACGAGGCGACGUGGUCAGAGAUGUAUGCGCGGUUAUGCCGGAAGAUGAUGGAGCAGAUCAGCCCGAAGGUGCAGGAUGAAGGGAUUAAGACCGCGGAUGGAAAACCUAUCGCUGGCGGUCACUUGUUCCGGAAGUACCUACUCAACCGCUGUCAGGAGGACUUCGAGCGCGGCUGGGUGGCGAAGGAAGCUACCGCCGCGGCGGCCGCUACAAAGGCCACCGAGGACCAGGCUGCGAAGGCGGCCGCAGAGAAGGACACAGGCGAGGAUGUGCUGUAUUCGUCGGAGUACUAUGCUGCGCAGAAGGCCAAGCGUCAGGGUUUGGGCCUGAUCAAGUUCAUCGGCGAGCUGUUCAAGCUGCAGAUGCUCACGGAGCGUAUCAUGCACGAGUGUGUGAAGAAGCUGCUCGGCAACGUCGAGAACCCAGAGGAGGAGGAAAUCGAGAGUUUGUGCAAGCUCUUGACCACCGUUGGAAAGCUCCUGGAUACACCGAAGGCGCAUGCGCAUAUGGAUGUCUACUUUGCGCGCAUGAAGGAGCUCUGCAAGAACCCCAACGUGAAUUCUCGUAUGCAGUUUAUGUUGCAGGACGUUAUCGAGUUGCGUGCGCGCAAUUGGGUGCCUCGUAACCUAGUUGCGGCUCCGACAACCAUCGCUGCCGUUCAUGAACUGGCCGCGAAGGAGAAAGAGCGGGAAGCUCAACGGAGCACGUCACAGAGCAUGUCAAGAGGUGGAUCCCGUCGCGGUGGUGAGCGUGAGCACCCGCAGGUUGGUCCCGACGGCUGGUCGGUUGCCGGCACGCAGAAGCAGUCCAACAAAGUUGGAGACCUCUCGCACUUUGGUAAGAUCAGCAAGACUCCGGCAUCUAUGGUGCUCGGUCCUAGCAACAUCUUCCAGAAGGACAAGAGCAAGAGCCGCGAAAGCACCAUAUCGCGCGCUAGCUCGUCGAACAUGUUCUCGAAGCUGAUGGAGAACCCUGAGCUCGCGAAUGAGACUGUGUUGUCGAAGUCGAGCCGACCACCGAGCCGAAAGUCGAGUAUUGACCUUGGUCCGGGUGGUGUGCCAGAGCCGGCACCGCAACGAAGGAAACUGCAACUCCUUCCACGCUCGAAACCGCUGGCCGACGAAACGAAGUCUACAGCGACGCCCGCUGAAUCAGAGGCUGGCGGAUCGGACGAGGAGAGCGUAGAGGAGAGCGUAUCGUUGAUGAGCGAGGCAGAGGCCAACACACGGGUGAAGGAGGACUCGAAGGAGUUCUUCAGUAUUCGCGACUUGAACGAAGCCGAGGUAUACUUCACCAAACUCCCAUCAGAGCACAGAUUCCGUCUCGUCGACAAACUUGUCUCUUCAGCUCUCGAAUCGAAGGAGGCAGACGCGCAGCUGGUUGCGGAUUUCUUCUCGCGUACUUUGUCAAAGAACCUGUGCUCGCCGCAAGCCUUCGAGGACGGCUUUGCUCCCGCUGCGGAGAUCCUUGACGACAUAGCGAUCGAUGCGCCAAAGGCAUUCAACCUCAUGGCGAUCAUGAUGAAGGGUGCCGGGCUCGACAAAGACGAGGAACGGCGGACGCGGCUUGCGAGCAAGUCGAUGGACAGCGACAAGUUACUCGGCCUGCUAUCAUAG